AUGGGUUGCAUCAUUUCUUCUCGGAAAAAGAAACCGGCAACAAAAGGGUCAUCGGAAACAGUAAUAGCUAACGAUGAUCAAUCCCAAAAGGCUUCAGAGUUGUUGAAGAUGAGUGAUCAAUUAGGUCCCAAAGAGCUCAAGAGAGAAGAAAGUGUUCUUGUUGUUGAUUCUCAUCCUCGCUCAUCGGAAUUAGCUGCCUCCGGUUGGCCACCGUGGCUUAUCUCCGUCGCUGGUGAAGCCCUUGUCGGUUUGAUUCCUGGCCGUGAAUGCCACUUCCAGAAGCAAGAACAAAUUGGGGGAGGAACAUUCAGUAAGGUGUUUAAAGCCAGAGAUCUUCUCCGUAACAAGACCGUAGCUUUGAAGAGAAUCCGGUUCGAUCUCAACGACUCAGAAAGCAUCAAGUUAAUAGCCAGAGAGAUCAUAAUCCUGCGCAAGUUAGAUCAUCCCAAUGUCAUCAAAUUAGAAGGCUUGAUGCUAAUAGACCGCGAUUCCUCUAGCCUCUACAUGAUCUUUGAGUACAUGGAACAUGACCUAUUAGGACUCUCUUCGUUACUCGGUGCCAACUUCUCAGAACCUGAGGUUAAAUGCUACAUGAUGCAACUCUUAAGAGGGCUUGAUCAUUGUCACACUAAUCAUGUACUUCAUCGGGAUAUAAAAAGCUCGAAUCUUCUGAUCAACGGUAAUGGAGUUCUCAAGAUUGCGGAUUUUGGGUUAUCAACGUUCUUCGAUCCUCAUAACAGUGUUCCAUUGACUACCCAUGUUGUAACUCUAUGGUAUCGACCUCCUGAGCUCUUGCUUGGAGCCUCUCAUUACGGUGUUGGGAUCGACUUGUGGAGCACAGGCUGCGUAAUUGGUGAACUAUACGCAGGAAAGCCUAUUCUUCCUGGAAAAAACGAGACAGAACAACUGCACAAGAUAUUCAAGUUGUGCGGAUCGCCUAAAGAUGAUUACUGGACAAAACUAAAGCUACAACUUCCAAUUCCAUUGAGACCAAUGUUUCCAUAUGGAUCACAUAUAGCAGAGACAUUCAAAGAGUUUCCAGCUCCUGUUAUUUCGCUUCUAGAGACUUUGCUCUCAAUAGAUCCAGAUUUUCGAGGCACUGCAGCUACUGCUCUCAAGAGCGAGUACUUUAAAACUGAGCCGUUGGCUUGUGAUCCAUCUUAUCUGCCGAAAUACCCUCCCAGCAAGGAAAUCAACAUUAUAAUGCGCGAUGAAACUAGAAAACAAGCUUCUCAAAUCAGAAGAACAGACGAACCUCAAGCUGUCCAGCCAAUUGUAGCAGAUUCUUCUCUCACAAGACCGGUGCAGGAUCAUUCUGCUAGACAAAUGCUAACAGCUAAGGACAUGAUAACCAAUGGUGAAACUGGAGAGGAAGGCUCUUACACAGAUCCGUCUAGACAAAACCAGAAUCUAGGUGGAUCGAUGAAUAUGGAGGAACACAUACCUUGGCCGAUGAGUCCAUCUAAAAUUAACCCAACAGAAAUUCUUCCUAACGUUAACGAAAACGGGACAUCUUCGUCAGGAAGAGUAGGAAUCAGGCACACUCUGGUUGAUGUUUAA